ACUUCACGUACUAUCAAUUUGACUGUUAAGACAACGCUGAGUCAAAAUCAGGCACAACCAGGAAGUACUUUAAUGUCAUAUGACUGAAGAAAAAUGGCCGCGGUGCAGUGGCGUCCGCGUGGGCGGAGGUAUGAGGCUGAACUGCAGAGGUGUCGUCCUGAGGUUGCAGUAGUUGACUUUGGAGACUACCAUCCCCUCAAACCUAUCAUGGUGACGGAUACUAAGACCCGGCGCGGGGCUCGUAAAGGCAGCACCUCCUCUUCCUCCUCCUCUUCUUCGUCGGUCCCACCAGAUCCUCUGAGCUCCAUGCUGGACGGCACAGACCCUCUGUCCAUGUUUGCAGCAGCCUCAGCUACUGAGACUCUAGCCAUGUCACGUAGCGCUUCCACAGGGGACCUGGGGAGGAGGAGGAGGGAGAAGGAGGAAGAGGUGGUGGGAUCAGACUUUGAGCCCUGGUCAGCAAAACGAGGAGAGAUCUUGGCCAGGUUCACCACCACUGAAAAACUCUCUAUUAAUCUUUGCAUGGGCUCUGACAGAGGUAAAGCUCUGAGUCCAGGAGCCUCAGCUGUUUCAGAGAAAGUCCGCACUCGCCUGGAGGAGCUGGAUGAUCUGGAGGAGGGUUCCCAGAGAGAGCUGCUGAACCUCUCCCAGCAGGAUUACGCCAACCGCAUCGAGGAACUGAACCAGUCCCUGAAAGAGGCCUGGGCCUCCGACCAGAAAGUCAAAGCUCUGAAGAUUGUCAUCCAGUGCUCCAAGCUUCUGUCUGACACCUCCGUGAUCCAGUUCUACCCCAGCAAAUUUGUUCUUAUCACCGAUAUCCUUGACACGUUUGGUCGGCUGGUGUAUGACAGGAUCUGGACCAUGUGUUCUGACCCAAGGCCUCUACCAGACUCAUUCACAUUGGAAGACGUCAACGACCAGGCCAAGGAGACGUGCCUCAACUGGUUCUUCAAGAUAGCCUCCAUCAGAGAGCUUCUGCCCCGACUAUAUGUUGAAGCCGCCAUCCUCAAAUGCAAUCGCUUCCUGAAUAGAUCUGGCAUUCAGGAGACACUCCCACGGCUGACGGCAAUGAUCCGAGGGAUCGGCGACCCUUUGGUGGCUGCGUAUGCCCGGGCCUACCUCUGCAGGGUGGGCAUGGAGGUGGCCCCCCACUGGAAGGACAGCCUGAACCUCAACUUCUUCGACCUGCUCGGCACCUUCAAGCAGCUCGGCGGGGAGAGCGUCCAGAACCAGCUGGUGAUUCAGAGGGUGGAGAUGCCGGAGUACCUGACGCUCUACUCGCCCGCCAUCAACUGGAUCCUGCAGUGCAUCGCUUACAGGGCUCCAGAGUCUUUGCUGACAGAAAUGAUGGAGAGAUGCAAGAAACUGGGAAAUAAUGCCCUGCUACUGAACUCAGUUAUGAGAGCGUUCAGGCCCGAGUUUGUCGCUGCCCGAGCCUCAGACUUCAUCGGAAUGAUCAAAGACUGCGAUGAAGCUGGUUUCCCAAAGCAUCUGUUGUUCGGAUCUCUGGGUCGAAGCCUGGUCUGUGCCGACCCUCCAGAAUCUGAGAGGCUGACUAUCCUGAACGAAGCCUGGAAGGUCAUCACCAAAGUCCGCAGCCCUCAGGAUUACAUCAACUGCGCUGAGAUCUGGGUGGAGUUCACCUGUAGACACUUCACAAAACGUGAGGUCAACACCGUUCUGACUGACAUCAUCAAGCACAUGACCCCAGACCGAGCGUUUGAGGACGCCUACCCUCAGCUGCAGUCGGUGAUCAGGAAGGUCCUCCUUUAUCUACAUGACUUCUCCGUCCUCUUCUCCAUGGAGCGUUUCCUGCCAUUUCUAGACAUGUUCCAGAAGGACAGUGUGAGGGUGGAGGUCUGCAGAUCCAUCAUGGAGGUCUUCAUCAAACACCAGGUGGAGCUCACUAAGGACCCCGUCAUUCUCAACGCCAUGCUGCACAUCUGCAAGACCAUGCACGACUCUGUCAAUUCUCUCACUCUAGAGGAUGAGAAAAGAUCCUUGUCGCUGCUGAUCAUUGGCUUCAUCCGCAUGGUUUCUUUUGGCCGUGACUUUGAGCAGCAGUUGAGCUUCUGCGUGGAGGCCAGAGCCACCUUCUGUAACCUGGAGCCCGUCCUGGUGCAGCUCAUUCACACGGUGAACCAGCUGGCGAUGGAGACGAGGAGGGUGAUGAGAGGGAGCCACUCCCGCAAAACGGCGGCGUUCGUCAGAGCCUGUGCGGCCUACAGUUACAUCACCAUCCCGUCUCUCAGCAGCAUCUUCACUCGUCUCAGCCUCUAUCUGCUGUCCGGUCAGGUUGCCUUGGCCAACCAGUGUCUCUCCCAGGCGGAUGCUUUCCUAAAAGCUGCAGUCAGCCUUCUUCCAGAGGUUCCUCACUCCAUCAGUGUCGAAGGGAAACUUCGCUCCUCCGAAAGCUUCCUGUUGGACUUCAUCAACAAUUUCUUGGCCACACUGCUGGUUGUCCCGGACCAUCCAGAGCAUGGGGUGCUCUACUUAGUCCGUGGUUUGCUCAACAUGGUCCAGGAUUACACCUGGGAGGACAACAGCGAUGCCAAAGUGCGGGUCUACGUCAGUGCUCUGCCCUUGCUGGCUGCUAUGAGCCAAGAAACCUACAUUUACUCAGUCCCAAAAGUGGAUUCCAAUGAGACUCUUUACGGAGGAGACCCCAAAUUUCUAUCCGAGCUCAACAAGCUGUGUGAAACUCUGAUCGCGCAGAUCCUGGACCAUCUGAAGACGCUUGGCCGAGACGAGCAGAGCGUGCGGCGUCAAGGCGCUCUCGCCUUCUCGCUGUUUGGCGUGCUGCUGGCUCACGGCGACCUGAGGAACAACAAGCUGAGCCAGCUGGCCGUCAACCUGUGGAACCUCAGCCACAAGCACGGAUACUGCGACACCCGCGUCUCAGUUCGGACCCUCGAGAACAUCAAGCAUCAGGCUCAGCAGCCCGACGCCGCGCACCUGUCAGAUAUGGUGCAGAGGCUUGCGCUGCAGACUCGCACCUGAGCAUCCGCCUUCGUCAGCUUCGUGCAAAGGCUUGAGAAGCACAGAGUGCAUUAAAAGACAAGGUGAAAAGGAGGAAGAAAAAAUGUGCUUAUCGUCAGGAGACUGUAAGGAUUUUGGAGGAAUGUUUUUUGUAUUUUAUAAAGAAAUAAACAAAGCAACUAUUCAGUUUCAGAGACAAACCAGUGCAUCACAAGGGUCUUGCUGUGUGUUGUCCUUCCUAAAGUGUUAUCCAGCAGAGUAAGAACUCUUAUUACUGGUCUCUGUUUUGCAACAUAAUACUGUAAUGCAGUUUAUUUAGUUUAAGUAAUUUAACUUUAAUCUGUCUUUUGUGCAUAAUAAUAAUUCUGCUUUGUGUUUAAAUACUGAAAGAAAUCUGUAUUAACUUGUAAAUUAUUAGUACUUACACCAAUGAUUUCCUCAUAGAAAAUCUACACCUAACAAUUGCCUUUCUAAAGAUUUUUUCUUGGUGGUAUUUACCAAGUAAUGUAGUAAAAAAAAGACAUGACAAGGUUUUGAGACAUUCUCAAGCUCUUUUCAGUUGUAUUUUAUUUACUCAAUUAAUGAGCCUCUGAAAAAGCAAACACUCCUCUUCAUUUCGCAAAAGAAUAAAUGUUAAAAAAAAGCUGUGGUGAUGUUCACUAACACUUUUUCUAAUAGAAUUGGGGAGAAUCUUGAUGAAAUUGAAGUUCGGGUUAAAACAGAAGAAGUUGUAAGAAAAUGUAAAAUAAAAAAGUUGCAAUAGUUGAGAUAAAUCAAACCAAACUGUGAUAUGGGUCGUAUAGAUAGUGUAGUGGAUUUGGACUUUCUAAUUAAACCAAGUUACAGAGA